CCAGAAUCUCCGGAGUGGACACUGCAGCUCGGACCACCUACGGCACCUCUCCUGCUCCAACGCUUGUAACUCCAUUUGUCAUUCGGAGGCCUCUGCUUAUCCUGUAUCCCAAGGAUGGAACCAUUACUAGGAGUAAAAAUUGGCUGCCUGUUUGCUCUGCUGGCUCUCACCCUGGUCUGUGGCCUCAUUCCCAUCUGCGUCAAAUGGUUCCAGAUUGAGGGAGCCACAGGUCGUCACCGCCGGGUCCUCAGCCUCCUGGGCUGCAUUUCUGCUGGUGUUUUCCUGGGAGCAGGGUUCAUGCACAUGACCGCUGAGGCCUUGGAGGGAAUUGAAUCCGAGAUCCAGAAGUUCAUGAUGCAGAACAGGACAGAGAGUGAAGGAAAUUUUUCUGAUGAUGCUAGUUCAGAUCAUACGAACUAUCCCUACGGAGAGCUCAUCAUCUCCCUGGGCUUCUUCUUGGUCUUCCUUGUGGAGUCGCUGGCAUUGCAGUGCCGUCCUGGAGCUGCUGGAGGAUCAAAAGUACAGGAGGAGGAGUGCGGUGAGGCUCACGUCCUUGGACUCCACAGCCAUGGAUCUCUCCCCUCACCCUCACGUAGCCCCUUCCGUGCGCUCAUCCUCCUGCUUUCACUCUCCUUUCACUCAGUGUUUGAAGGUCUAGCUGUGGGGCUGCAAAUGACAGUAGUGGCUACCGUGCAGCUCUGUGUUGCUGUCCUGGCUCACAAGGGGCUCGUGGCAUUUGGUGUAGGACUGCGGCUGGUGCAGGCAGGCACUGGAACACGAAGGGCCGCGCUCUCCAUUCUGUCUUUCGCUCUCAUGUCUCCCCUGGGUGUAGCCAUAGGACUGGCUGUGGCUGGAGGAGACUCCGAAGGGGGGCGAGGCUUAGCCCAGGCUGUGUUAGAGGGUGUGGCAGCUGGUACCUUCCUGUAUGUCACCUUCCUAGAAAUUCUGCCCCGGGAGCUAGCUGGCCCUGAGGCCCCUCUGGCCAAGUGGGGCUGUGUGGCCGCUGGUUUUGCCUUCAUGGCCUUUAUUGCAUUGUGGGCCUGAGAUUCCUGACUUCUGAUGGACCUCUCUCUAAUGAUCUCCCAAAUGGCUUCGGCCCUCAGACAUUUCUCUCCCGAGACUUAAGUGCAAUUCACUAGGCAUCAUCCCCGUGAACUGGUCCCCAGCUUUUCCUACAUGAGAUCCCAUUACUCAACCAGGACUGAGAAAAGGAUGUUUAUUUUAGGUUGAGUGCCUAUACAUUGGAGAACUGAU